CCUUCCUGGGCGUCGUGGUGCCCACCCUGCUCUCCAUGUUCAGCGUCGUGCUCUUCCUGCGCCUCGGUUUUGUGGUGGGGCAGGCUGGGCUGUACCAAGCCCUGGCCAUGUUCGUGGUGGCCUACUUCAUCAUCGGCAUGACGGUGCUGUCCGUGUGCGCCAUCUCCACCAACGGGGCGCUGGACGCCGGUGGAGCCUACUACAUGAUCAGCCGGGCCCUCGGCCCCGAGUUCGGGGGCAGCAUGGGGAUCAUGUUCUUCCUGGCCAACGUCUGCGGCAGCGCCCUCUACGUCCUGGGGCUGGUCGAGGCCAUCGUUGACAUCUAUGGGAUCCCCCCGGGCCAGAGCGUGGGCACCGGCUCCCAGGUCCUGCCCCGCAGCUACUGGUACGAGCUGCUCUACGGCACGUUCGUGCUCCUGCUGUGCCUGCUCGUGUGCCUGGUGGGCGCCUCCAUCUACGCCAAGGCCACCUUCCUCAUCUUCCUUGUCGUCAUGGGCGUGCUGGGCACCGUCCUCGUCAGCUUCUUUGCCGUGGGACCUACCGUGGUGCGGCUGCUGCGCCCGCAGGGCAACACCUCCAUCAGCCUCAUAGGCUCCUUCACCGGCUUCCGGCUGGCCACGCUGCGGGGCAACCUGGCAGCUAGCUACAGCGUGGACUACACCACGGGGCGCACCAUGAGCUUCAGCACCGUCUUCGCUGUCAUGUUCAACGGCUGCACCGGCAUCAUGGCCGGGGCCAACAUGUCCGGGGACCUGAAGCGCCCCAGCUACUCCAUCCCGCGGGGCACCAUCACAGCCGUGCUCUUCACCUACGUCGUCUACAACUUGCUGGCCUUCCUGCUGUGCUGCACCUGCGACAGGAACCUGCUGCAGAACGACUACGGCUUCCUGCGGGACAUCAACCUGUGGCCACCCUUUGUCAGCAUUGGCGUGUACUGCUCCACGCUCUCCGCCGCCAUGAGCAACCUCAUCGGUGCCUCCCGCGUCCUCUAUGCCCUGGCCAAGGACGACCUGUUCGGCAGAGCCCUGGCGCCAGCCAAGAAAACCUCCCGCAGCGGAAACCCCUGGGUGGCCGUGGUCAUGUCCUGGGCACUGGUGCAGCUGGUGUUGUUCUCUGGGAAGCUGAACACCAUCGCGGCUAUCGUGACCAUCUCCUUCCUGCUAGUCUAUGCCACCGUGGACCUGGCCUGCCUGGCACUGGAGUGGGCCUCAGCUCCCAAUUUCAGGCCCACGUUCCGGUACUUCACCUGGCACACCUGUGUGCUGGGCAUCCUGGGCUGUGGCAUCAUGAUGUUCCUCAUCAGCCCCAUCUACGCCUCGGGCAGCAUGGCCUUCAUGCUGGUGCUGCUGCUGGCGCUCCACUACCUGUCCCCGAGCAGCAGCUGGGGAUACAUCAGCCAGGCCCUCAUCUUCCACCAGGUCCGGAAGUACCUGCUGAUGCUGGACGUCCGUAAGGAGCACGUCAAGUUCUGGCGCCCCCAGAUGCUGCUGAUGGUGCAGAACCCCCGGUCCUGCGUCCAGCUCAUCCGCUUCGUCAACGACCUCAAGAAGAGCGGGCUCUACGUGCUGGGCCACGUGGAGCUGCAGGAGCUGGACUCGCUGCCCUCGGACCCGCUGCAAGCCCAGACCGAGUCCUGGCUGCGGCUGGUCGACAAGCUCAACGUCAAGGCUUUCGUGAACCUCACGCUGGCCGACUCUGUGCGGCACGGCGCGCAGCAGCUGCUCUUCAUCUCCGGCCUCGGCGGCAUGCGGCCCAACACCGUGGUGCUGGGCUUCUACGACGGUGCGGCGCCGCAGGACGGGCUGGCGCAGUACUCUCCCUUCUCAGGCGGCCGAGAGGAGGCACAGCUGAGCUUCCCGCCGGUGCGGGAGGCCUCGGGGCCCCGGCCGCUGUCGCCCCAGGAGUACGUGGCCAUUGUGGCCGACGCGGUGAAGAUGCUGCGCAACGUGUUGCUGGCUCGGGCCUUCGAGCAGCUGGAACAGCCCCGUCCUGCGGCCCCCUGCAUCGAUGUGUGGCCCGUGAACCUGCUGCGCCCCGACAGCGCCCGCUAUGCCGACACCUGCAGCCUCUUCCUCCUCCAGAUGGCCUGCGUGCUGCACAUGGCGCGGGCCUGGCGCCGUGCCACCCUCCGCCUCUUCCUCUGCGUGGAGUCGGGCGCCAGGACCCGGGGGCAGGAGGACAAGCUGCGCCAGCUGCUCAAGGAGCUGCGCAUCCGGGCCGCCAUCCACCUAGUGCCCUGGGACAGCGUGGUGGCCCUGCACUGGCAGAAGCAGCAGGAGCCAUGGGCUGCGGCGCCCGAUGCGGCCGUCAACUUCCCUGCCUGCGUGUCGGAGGAGUACCUGCACGCCGCCAACCGGCUGAUCCUGGAGCAGAGCUCCGCGCCCACCAUCCGCUUCCUUUACCUGCCGCGGCCGCCCGCCGACACCGCCCUCUAUCCCGCCUACCUGCACCAGCUGGAUCUGCUCACCCGGGACCUUGGCCCCACUGUGCUGGUGCAUGGGGUCAGCGCUGUCACCAGCACCGAACUGUAGUGCGGCGGGGCAGAGCAUGGGACCUGGGGGAGGCACGUCCCAGAGCACUGGGGGCACCUGGGUCUCGGUGUAUGCCUGCGGGUUUUCUUCCCCCGCCUUGUGCCCUGCUCAACUUUGCCAGCCAUUAGGGCACUUUCUGUCUGGUGGGAGCUGGCACGAGCGCCCGGGUCCUUCUCAACGCUCCCAGAUGGCUCCGUUCUUCCCCAGCCGUGAGGCUCCUUCCCGCACCAGCUCUGUGAGCCCCAGGGCCUGUUGGCUGGGAUGGCAGCCCCCAAAACGUCCCCUGCUACUGCAGAGCGAGACAAGGAUGCGGGGCCACGAGCCAGGGCACACACUCCAGUCAUUCGAUCAACGCUUGCAACCCCCAGCAGAGCCCCAGGGCAGGGCUCCGGACGCCUGGGUUCUCAUCCCAGCAGUGCAUUUAAGCCAAGCGGCACAUCCGUCCCUGUGCCAUGGCCUAAUCACUCCAGACAGCCUUGGCAGUCAAAGACCAGCUGCUGUAGCCUGGGGCUCCCACUGCCGGGAGGCUGGAUCCAGGCGCCUCUGUGCAUUGUAAUGGGAUUGUACUGGCACUCGGGGAGGGGCAGGGGCAGGCCCCGGGAGUGAGGCUGCAGCCGGUUCUUGUGCGCUGCGGCAGGGAGGGGGUCACUGAAUAAAGUCCGCAUGGAAAGCAGA